AUGGCCCCAUCCGAAUCGCCUGAUCAUGAUACUGCCCAAGCACCCCCAUCCAAGCGGCGUCGCGUGGCGGUCGCCUGCGAUGCAUGCCGCACCCGUAAGUCCCGCUGCGACGGCACCCGGCCCCGGUGUUCGCUGUGCCGGGAUCUGGGCUUUGAGUGUGUCUAUACGCCGCCAACGACGGCAACCAAUGUCAUUGUACAGAAAGACUACUUGCACGGCCUAGAGGACCGGGUGAAGAGGCUGGAAGAGUCGGUUUUGGGGGUUCGCGAUGAGAUUAGUGGACUGACCGGCCGGGUGGACCGCAUGCAGAGCGGCAAAGUAGAUGGAAGCCCUGAGGAGGAAGUACAUGCGCAGCGAGUGGUCUCGGUGCCAGACUUGAUCGGGACGGAGGACUCGGUGGAUGCGAUGGGCGCGAUGACGUUCGCAGAAGAAGAGGAUUCGGGGUUCUUCGGUAUAGUUUCUUUUGGACUAGCACGCUGGUCUGGAUGGGAGACCGAUCCGUGGCUAAUUGACGAUCGAUUAGGUCCCUCAUCAAAUAUCGCAUUCUUGAGACAUCUCUCUGGAGCAGUUGUUCAGCAGGGAUAUCUCCUGUCACCUGGGGCCGCAGAGGGAGGCUUCGUGAGCGCUUCACGGCCACCGUCGGUACCACCCCAGAUGGCCGGCCAUGAUAAACGCCCGAAAGUCAAUAUUUUUGCAUUGCCGCAUCAGUCAGAGACGAUAGCGCGGAUCUAUCGCUAUUUCUCUAAUACGGGACUUCUUUUCCCGUAUAUCUACCCGCCAAUCUUCCUGGAGACGUAUCAUCAGAUGGUGCGGGAGAACUUCACCAAAGUGCGAAAGACAUGGCUGGGCCUGUUGAAUAUGGUGCUGGCCAUGUCGACUAUCACUGCCGUGCCAGGUGGCGCGAAGGCAGAUAUGCGAAUUGCAGAAUCUGAUGUCUUCUACCAGCGGGGUCUAGGCUUAUGCAGUAGUGAGAUCCUGCGCGGAACAACGCUAGAAGUUGUCCAAUUUUUGCUCUUGAUGGGACAGUAUCUCCAGGGAACACAGAAAUCUGUCCAGGCUUGGACAGUCCACGGACUAGCAGUCAAAGCUGCACUCCAGCUUGGACUGCAUUCCCAAAACGCAUCUAAGGCCUUCUCGGCCCUCGAGCAAGAAACUCGCAAACGAACUUGGUACGGGUGCGUUGUACUCGAUAGAACCCUGAGUAUGACAUUCGGAAGACCGAGUUCGAUUCCAGACAGCUAUGUGAAGCUUGAGCUACCCUCUAAACGAGAUUUUGAAAAGUCAUCUGCAUUCAUCGAUGACGAGACCUCUUAUCUCAGUGUUGCCUUUUUCAACUCGACCAUAACGCUAUAUAAACAGUUAUGGAACGUACUAGACCUUUUAUACGGCCAAAAUAUUGGCUGCGGGUCCCCCCUAUCCGUCACCGAAACAGUCGCUCACAUCUUCAGCAUGGAGCAGAACCUCUUCUCAUGGGAGCGCUCGCUGGUUCAAUCCCUCCAGCUCGUGUCCACCGCCACCCUUGACGAAAUGCCUCCUGAGCAGCUCUCAUCAAACUUCCAGUAUUUCUCCUGGAAAUUCCGUGUCAUCCUUACCCUGCGCUACCUCAACCUGCGCGUCCUCCUCCACCGCCCUGUCCUCGUCAAGUUCAUAGCUGCCAGCAGGACACCCAACCGCGACCCGCAGGACCUAAAACUGCUCCAGCAGAUCGGCCAGAACAGCAUGACCAUCUGUACCGAGUCGGCAAUGCAAAUCAUCGACAUUGUUCACCGCGUCGUGUCAGAGCCGGGCUGGAAACAGAGCCUGCUCGGCGCUUGGUGGUUCUCGCUAUACUACACAUUCAACGCCGCGCUCGUCGUCAUCGGCGCCAUCUGGGUCAACCGCGACGCAAGUCUGAGCGACGGCCCCAUGCCCGCGCACGCGAUAGAAUCCCAGCAAUACCCCAGCCGUGCAGUGACUGCGCUCUCCAAGCUCGACGACGGAAACCGCAUGAUCGACCGCUGCAGGUACUAUCUGGAGCAGUUCACCAAGAUCCUCGUCGACCCUGGUACGUUGUCUCCCCUCCUCCCUCCCGCCCCGGGGGGAAGGGACCGAGGAACCCGAGCUAAUUCAUGCCCAUUAGAGAGAAACCCCGGCGGUUCAGACUCGGGCUCGGACGUGGCCGGUCCCGUGCUUGUCGGGUCCCGGGGUUCCCUGCCGGCCGCAGACUUCGGGCUAUCACCGUUCGGGAUGGAGCUAGGCGAGUUCAUGAUGGACGAUGACCUUGUGGCGAUGCUUGAGAAACAGGCGCUAUUGCCCGCCGAUCCCGGGACAACUUAUGACUUGUGA